AUGGGGCCAUCUCGCGUCCGACCCCUACCUGCGAUUCACUGCCUCCUCGGUACGCCGCACGCCCCUGGUGGGCGGGGAGCGACGCAGUGCAUGACAGGGCGGGUGCUGGGCAUGCCGCAGGGCGCUCGCUGCUCCGCACAGCCCCCCUCCACGCGCGCUUGUCCCAGCGUCCCCCUCUCGUCUCACCUUCGCCGUCUUUCCCUCGCCCUCUCCUUCUCAUGCCCUCGCCGCCUCUCAGGUUCCCCCCCGCGCCUUCCAUGUGUUCCCCCCGCGCUUCCCAUGUGUUCCCCCCGCGCGCACGUGCCCCCGCAGGUGCCGCGGGAGCGCAAGGUCGCCAACGUGCAGAGCCUCGGCUUCGGCGCGCUCUUCGCGCCCACCCCUCCGCUCCCCGCCUCCGCCGCUUCCCCGCUCCUCUCACCCUCCGCUUCCACCCUCCCCUCCCCCACCUCCGCCGCUCCCGCUUCCUCCCAACCGCCCCCUGUGGUGCGCCAUGCGCCGCUGCGCUGCGCCUUCUGCGGGGCGUGCGUGUGCCUCUACUCCGCCAUCGCGCCCGCCACGGGCGACUGGCGCUGCGCGCUGUGCGGGCGCCCCAACAUGAGCGGCGGGCACUACCUGCUGGCGGAGGGGGAGACGCUCGAGGGCUGGCCGGAGCUGGGCGCGCGCGUGGUGGACUACGUUGAGGCGGGCGGGGGGGCGCGCGGGGCGGGGGAGGGGGGAGUGGGGGGAAGCGCGUCGGAGGCGGUGCUGGGGGCGCCGGUGGUGGUGGUGGUGGACGAGGGGCUGGACGCCGCGUGCAUGGCGGGGGUGAGAGCCGCGCUCACGGCCAUGCUGCAGCACCUGCCAUCCGCCACGCGCAUCGCCAUCAUCACCUUCGGCGCGUCCCUCUCACUCUUCGACCUCUCGCCCUCCGCCUCACCGCUGCUCGCCUCCGCCGACUGCUUCCCCGCCACGCACGCGCUGCCCGCCGCCACGUUGGCCGCGCUGCUGCUGGGGCGCGCGCAGCACCUCGCGCCCAUCGCGGCCUGCCUGCCCUCGGCGCAGGCCGUCAUCGCCUCGCUGCGCCCCUGCCGCGCCGCCACGGCCCCCCUCGCCCGCGCGCGCGCCCUGGGCCCCGCCGUGGAGCUCGCGCUCGCGCUGCUGCGCGGCCCCGCGCCCGCCCUGCCGCGCGCCCACCAGCGGCGCUGGAGCGGGGCAGCGCGCGUGGUGGUGCUGUGCGGGGGGCCGGCCACGGUGGGCGCGGGGGCGGUGGCAGAGGGCAUAGAGGGCGUGGGGGAGGGCGAGGAGCGGCAGCGCGAGCAGGCGGCGCGGCGGCACUACGAGGCGCUGGGCAGGGAGGCGAGGCGCAUGGGCGCCGUGGUGGACGUGUUCUCGGGGGGCCCACUGCUCGUGCGCGUGCCGGCACUGCUGCCCCUGGCGGCGCUGUCAGGGGGCGCGCUGGUGCCGCUGGACGAGUUCAGCCCCGCCGCGUUCCCCCCCCUGCUGCUGCGCGCCCUCUCCCGCAUCGUGGGCGCUGAGGGGUCGCUGGAGGUGCGCUGCUCGCCCGAGGUGGCCGUCACACGCGUGAUCGGCCCUGCAGAGGCGGAGGAGGGUGGCGGGCGCAGGGGGGCGGGCGGGGAGGAGGGGUUCCCGGAGGACAGUGCGACGGCGGUGGCGCUGCUGAGUGUGGACGAGGAGGCGGCGGUGGCAGUGAGCAUGGAGCUGGUAGACGACCUCACCCGCCACCACGUGUUCUUCCAGUUCCUCUGCCGCUUCCGCCUCCUCAACCACGACCUGGUGACGCGGGUGGUGACAGUGCGUCUACCAGUGGCGGCAUCGCUACCAGCGUACCUGGCAUCGGUGCACGAGCCCACAGCAGCGCUGCUCAUCGCCAAGCGCACUGUGCUGGCGGCGCCCACGGCUCGCGAGGCGGGGGAGAUGCGCGCGUGGGUGGACGCCCGUGCGCGUGACCUGGCGCUCAAGCUGGGCGGCGUGGCGCAGCACAACCGCUCCCUGCUGCAGUUCCCCCACCAGCUGCCCCGGAUAGCGGAGGCGCUGUACGAGGUGAGGCGCAGCCCGGUGUUGGGGCGCCACGUGGCGGGCGAGUGGGAGCGCCAGGCGCUGCGCGCACUGCUGCUGCGCGCAGGGGGGGAGGCGGCGCUGCGCAUGGUGCUGCCCUCGCUGCUCAUGUUCCGCGCCGGCCACGCCACCCAGUUUGUUGAAGUGCCGCCCUCUGACCUGGCGCUGACGUCAGAUGCCGCCCUGGUGCUGGACCAUGGCACCGACAUGCUCAUCUGGCUCGGCGCGCACCUGGCACCGGACGAGCCCACCAGGCGGGGAGUGGAGGCGGCGUGCCGCCAGCUGGCAGCGCAGCUCAUGGGCGGGCCGGGCGGCAGAGGCAGAUUCCCGGCUCCUCGCGUGCUCUGCUUCACUGUCAGUGCCAAAGGGGGGGAGAGGGUUAGGAGGGGGUGCUGGGAGGUGAUCUAUGUGUGUGUGCUCGCCUGUGCGCCCAUCUUCAGUUCCGCAUCCUCGCCCUGCACUCCCCGCUCACCGCGCCCUGUGCCCUUCCUCCCCCAUCGCGGCAUGGCAGGAGGGCACGCCGGAAGCGGCCUUCAUGACGGCGCGCCUCACUCCCACACACAAGGACCCCCUCGCUGUUCAGGUGGGCACAAGGACCCCCUCGCUGUUCAGGUGGGCACAAGGACCCCCUCGCUGUUCAGGUGGGCACAAGGACCCCCUCGCUGUUCAGGUGGGCACAAGGACCCCCUCGCUGUUCAGGUGGGCACAAGGACCCCCUCGCUGUUCAGGUGUGUUGCGCUGAACAAGGGAGUUGCCUGGAAGGCAAGAGAGGUGUGUGCGGCCACAGUGCACGUGGCAUGGGGAAGGAGGUCUCGAGUCUGUGGUGCUGCAUUCAUUGCUCUGCUCCUGCAUACCUCCUACUGCCUCUCACAAUCCCCACCACUCCUCCCUCUCUAUGCGACCUGCUUCUCUCCCCCCUCUACCCGCCAGGAGCUGCUCUUCCCGCCGCUGAGGGAGAUGCAGGAGGAGGAGCGGGCGGCGGUGCGGGCCAAGCUGCCGCCCACCCCCGAGCCCGGCUUCACCGACUGGCUGCGCUCGCUGCGCCUCGCGCCUCCCCACCCGCCCCUCGCUGCACCCUCUUAA